GUUUGGCUGACCUUCAAAACAAGGCCAUGUGACUGGAAAGAUGAGGAUGCAGGGAUUAGACAACGCUAUAAAAGCGCAAGAAGAACAAAGUGCAUCUUAUUACAAGGAAGGAUCAGGUGUGAGCAGAGGCAUCGUGGGAUUUCUGAGGCGACAGACACUCAUCAGUCAUGAACGCCAGUCCUCCUGCAGGAAGCGCCCUGGCUCCUGGAGGAGCCACCGGCCCCACCACACCCAAAAAGGGCCCUCCCAAGUUCAAGCAAAGACAGACCCGCACAUUCAAGAGCAAGGCUCCCAAACCAGGACAGAAGGGCUUUGGUGACGACAUUCCCGGCAUGGAGGGCCUUGGCACAGACAUCACAGUGGUGUGCCCAUGGGAAGCCUUUGGCGACAUGGAGCUGAGCGACCUGGCCAAAUACGGCAUCAUUUAAACAUCCCGCACCUCACCCGUCAUCCUGUCCGUCCUGCCUUCUGUCCGUCUCAGCUAGGCACGCCGUCAUGAGGCUGCCGGUGACCCCUAAUGCCCUCUCGUCUGCCUACCUCGUGCUCUAAGCCUCUAAGUGAAUGCUGUUAUUUUUAUAUUAUUACUAUAUUAAUACUGUUUACAGUAUUAUACUUGAAAUGUGAAGACGAGAAACCUCCAUGUUCCUUGUCCCUUUUCUGUGGAAAAGUAGCUCUCCUGAUGUCUUUUCUCUCUUCCAUCUGCCAUCCUUUCGUACCCACGGCAGUGGAAGCCCAACGCUAGCUCAGGACCAGCUCGUACGAGCUCCUAGCUGUCUGUUACAAUGUAAAUAAAGAGUUUGUCUUCCCUCUG